CCACUUCAGCGAUGCAGGCCGCUGAUCUUCUCCAGCAUUCAACAUCUUUGUUCCGCUGACGACACAAGUACAUCCGGGUGACGGCGGCGACCUUGGUCGGAGUAUCAUCAUGGCGGCUAUCGUCAGGUUGGGUUCUGUUUGUCGCAGAGGAUUCACACCUCUGUUGUACCAAAGCACCCUGUUGUCCCGGCCGCUGGCCGUACCGCACAAAUACCAGGAGCAGUCCCACCUGCUGACAGCGAGGAUUCAUGCAUCGCAGGCUCUGAACGCCGGCCCUGGCUCCAAAGCUGCCUCCCUGCACUGGACGGCAGAGCGAGCGCUGAGCAUCCUGCUGCUGGCCAUGGGACCUGUCGCCUAUUGUAGCCCUGGUCCCGUCAUAGACUACUCCUUGGCCGCUGCCCUGACGCUGCAUGGCCACUGGGGCCUCGGGCAGGUGUUGACCGACUACGUUCACGGCGAGGCGAAGAUCAAGGCCGCCAACGCGGGCCUCUUCCUGCUGUCCACGGUCACCUUCGCCGGCCUCUGCUACUUCAACUACAACGACGUCGGCAUCUGCAAAGCCGUUGCCCUGCUCUGGAGCAAAUAAAUCGUCGGCGGACUCGGGAGGACCCAGACGCCGGGACGGGAGCGAUCUCGUCCCGGCUGGGGGGAAAGAAGAAGGAAAAAUUCAAGGUGUUCGAUGUAAAUUCUUAUAAAUAUAUCAUUUUGACAGUGAUUGACAUGUAUGUAAUCGCAGUUAACGUUGAUCAAUUCCGGCUUGGUCUCUGUAUGAAGUCGUUGCUCCGUGUGGACUAAAUGUAAGUUGCAUCCUCACUUAGCAACAUGUUCAGUUAUAAAGUAUUUCACUACCAAACGCAACAAAGAAGACAUCCACUCUCCUGGCCUGCCGUAGUUCUGUUUGCCGGGCACAUGCAUGUUUUCAACAAAAUGGCUUCUCAUUUCUGUCCUUUCUUCUCCAUGUUCAGCUCCUUUUGGCUGACGUCUGAAAUGUAUUUGGUGUCAAACGCGAUGUGCACACGCUGCCGCUCGCUCUUCAACGCAUCCGGUGUAACAGCACAGCACUACCGACAUUACUUCCCUCAGCCUCCAAGCUCCCUCCCACCACGUACUCACGAUUCACACGGUCCAUGUUUUUUUUGUUGCUACAGCCUCAUCGUGCUCCCGCUUCUUUAACUGACCGGAGCAAACGCUGUUGGCAUCUUUAAAGCCAGAGGUUGCUUUGUCAGCCGAGUGAGCGGGGGACGGUGUUUUUUUUCCGUGCGGAGAGGAGCAUCCUGAACUUGCCUGCUGUAAUCCUGGAGAUACGCUCUGCUGCUCCUCUGAAGGUGCAUCAAAGAACGUAAGCUCCUAUCCCAUAAUUCAAGCCAAUCCAAUACUCGGCUGUCCUGUGCGUCUCCAGCAGAAGGGAACACUUGCCAGCUCACGGCGUAUAAGCUAACAGCCGCAGAAAGCCGUCCUCUGCCAACGUAAUAUCCCUCAAGACCUUAACAGUGACGAGUCGUACGAUUACCUCCGUAACAUAUUGACUCGUGUUGUAUUUAAUGUAUGAACUACAAACUCCUUCCGCUGUGUGAGAGCAAAGUUCACGAGACAAACUGGCACAAUUUGAAAUAUUUAAAAAAAAAUUGCAUUUAUUUUGAUCAUUUGGCUUUUUUUUUUUUAUUAAACAAACUGACAAAUAGGGCAAAAUAAAAAGUCAAUGUAAUCUUGGAACAUGUACUCGUCGUAUAUAAUUAUUGUUAAUCUUUGCAUGCAGCUAUUGGCAGGAGUUCUUUACCGUAGCCUGAAUGGGCAGGUUACAGGUUCAUGGAUUCUGUCUUUUGUUCAUGAGCGCCCGCGCGUUUGGUGUCGGCCUGUUUGCUUCGUGUGUCAACUGUCAAUUUGUACAUUUCCUUUUCAGUCGUCAUUUCCGAUUAUACGCACAAAAUUGGAUGUUGGCGGGAGGAGUGCACUGCUCCUGCCACAGCAGAAUAAAAUUGUCUUUGUUUUCAUAUUUUUUUUUGACAUGUUAUCUCUACAUAAAAUACACUAUGUACACAAUUACAAAAGGUGUAUAAUGUAUAAAAAAAAAGGCCAUUACUCCAAUAAAUCGGUGUACAUGUCUA